UAUUGAUAGGCGGCGAAGUUGAAACCAGAAGGUAAUCCUCACCUGCCGUCAGUCUGUGCCUUCGGCUCCGUGGAGCAAGAUGUGCCAUGGUGUGGGCCUCUGCUGCGGCCUCCUGUCUCUCGGCGCCUUCAUCUCCUGCUUCGUGGCCCUGCACAUGCUCAACAAGAUCAUCCACAUCCAGCUGGACGCCGUGGUUCACAUGCACAUCCAACUGAAGGCCGAAGAAGAGUCGGGCGUGCGCUGUCAGAGAACCCUGAUCGUGGACAAUCUGGACGCACCUCAUCUGAGCUGGCUGGAGCUCUUCUACAUGCGCUGGACUCUGGUGUUUACGCUGUUCUACUCCUUCGCCGCCACCCUGCUCAUCCGGGCCAAAUACCUGGGCAACUUUGACAUCAGCCGGGCCACCUCCAAGGCGGUAGUAGAUUUCAGAUUCACACAGAAUCCAUGGGUAAACACGAUCUUCUCCCCGCACCAGAUGAUACUGAUGGGAUCGCUGCUUUCGAUGGUCCUGCUGCUGGCCACCGUUGUGCUCCAUCAGCGAGAGCCCUUCCUGGACCUGUGGUGCAACAUGUUCAUAGUCUACCACCUGUACUACAUCGUCCUGACCACCGCCAUGUCAGUGGUUUUCUUCCUGGCCCACUCCUGCCGGGAUUGCCCAGAGCCGGCACUAAAGUUCUAAGACAAGCCUGUAAACUGCCUUUUAUAGAACUAGAUUUUAUCUAAUAAAAAAGAACUUUGAUUUUAAA